GUCCGUCUGGACAUUUAAGUAAAUAAUAAUUCUUUUUUUGUAAAAAACAUGUACAUAUUCUCAAAAAUAACUUUACGCUAAUUAAUACUAGGCAAUAUAAAAAUAAUUUAAGAUUGUUUGUUUGAACACUGGUACCCAAGUUAAGAUUAAACUUGUGUUACGGUAAUCAGGAUGUUCUCAUGAGGCAUUACCUGAGAUAAUUUACAUGAGAUGCAUUGGAGGUCAAUUAUUUGAGAACUUAGUAGGAGCGUGUGAGUGGGCCUAUGUUAUGUGCUCAUUGUAGUUUUAGUCUUUAGCCUAAAAACUUUUUUCUUAUGUUAAAGUUUAUUAACUAGAAAUAUAUUACAGUACUGAUGUGUUUUAUUGUACAGACGACUCAUUAUAACAUAUAGCAUGAUUUGGAGAGAGAUCAAGGAUAAAACUAAUCUGAAUAUCAAUUAGGUAUCUUAAUAACAAGUAAGUAUGACAACGCUACAAAAAAAAAAAACAAAAUCAUCAUGUAUUGUCGAUAACCGCGACAUUACUACUUCUACAAUAAAUAUAUAAGAGUGACAUCGCUAUGCUCAAGUGACAUUAUAGCUAGGGUACUACGUUAACAUGGGACUGCAAUUCGAAGGUGCAACUGAUAAUAUAAGUGAACCUCAGUUGGCUUAUAUACGUGAUGUCUUAGAGAAAAGAGGAUAUAAAGACACCAAAGUAACUAUUCAAGCGGUCGGUAAAGAUGGUGAUAACUUUAUAGCUAGUGUUAAAAGAAUUGUGGUUCGAAACGAAAAUGGGGAAUUCCGAAUGAUAGCGAAGUUUGCGACGCAACAUGAAUUAUUAAGAGCUAAUAUGGGAUUAGAAAGUUUAUUUAGAAAUGAACAUAUUAUGUAUACAUCGGUUUUACCUAAAUUUCACGAACUGGAAGAACAAGCUGACUUACCGAAAGAAGACAGGCUGAGGUUUCCAGUGUGUUAUGGAUCUUCAACGGCAGCACCACACGAAGUGAUCCUCCUGGAAGAUUUGCAAGUACCAGGCUUUAUCAUGAUGGACAGAUUCGAGACAUUAUCUGACGAAUGCAUCAAAUCCGGGCUAAAGAAAUUGGCUCUCCUGCACUCUCUUUCCUACGCUCUGAAAAAUAAAGAACUGGACGUUUUCAACGAAUACAAAAGUACCUUAUUUAAUAUGUGGGCAGAUGUAGCGAAUAGACCAAAUAUAACAACGUUCUCAAAACCUAUCGAAAAUGUAUUAUCAACGCUGGUAGACGGAGACCAAAGGAAAAGGCUUAUAAAAGACAGUAUUGUUCACGGGCUCAAGCUGGGCUUAAAAUUGGAGAAUCACGACAAAGACUCGAAAUAUUCCGCCAUUCUGCACGGCGACUCGUGGACAAACAACAUAUUGUUUAGAUUUGAUGGUGAUACACUGCAAGAAUCCAUAUUGAUAGAUUAUCAGAUAUCAAGAGUAUCUGUACCAAUAUAUGAUGUAAUGUACAUGAUUUUCAACUGCACCGACCAUAAAACUCGAUUGGAACAUUUCUACGACUGGAUUGAUUAUUAUCACUCAGAAUUGGAGAAGGUUCUUAGUAAUUAUGGAAUUAAAGCAAACUACAUCUAUUCUAGAGACCAACUAUAUGCCGACUUGAAGAGAUAUGCUAAAUUCCUAUUUGCUAUAUCAUUAUUAGGAGCAAACAAUCUGGUAUUGCGCCCUGAAGAUGCAGCUAAGAUGAAGGAAUCAGUAAAGAAACCGAUGGAGAAUAGUGAAUAUUCAGAUUUCUCAUCAAAUGAUGUGGAAACCAAUCUGCUAAAAAAGCUUAAAGUGGAGGAGCUUGUGGACAGCUAUGUGAAGUUUGGUUUAUUGUAAUGUGAAUAAAGAGUUGAGAAGAAGUCAGAAUCGUUGUGAUUAGAAACUAGAUAAAACGAAAAUGCGUCACGAUAUUUGAAAAGGGAAGAGCGUUCAACCAAUUUCAUGCUACAUUGUGCAUCCUUUUAUUCUUUUGUGACUGUGUUUAAUAAAUGUGUUUAUGCCUGCGUAUUAUAAAGCUAGUAUAAAGCAAGGUUAUUGUAUUAUU